AUGCACAACCAACCGUCGUCCUCGCCCGAGGGUGUGAAAAAUGACGACCCCGUAGCCCGUCAAGGCUACAGCUCCAACGAGAUCGAUUACGAGUCUGUUCCCGCAUGGAAUGGCACCGACGCCAGCAGCACCGAGGGCGCAAUCGACCCCGACUCGGGCGUAAAGCGCGGACUCAAGAAUCGCCAUCUCUCCAUGAUGGCCCUCGCCGGUAUCAUCGGCCCUGGUCUCCUGGUCGGCGCUGGUGGAGCGCUCAAUAGUGGUGGUCCUGCAUCGCUCAUUAUUGGAUUUGGCGUAAUCGGUUUCAUUGCAUUCGCCAUUAUGCAGUCCCUCGGCGAGCUUACUACCCUCUACCCUGGCGGUGGCUCCUUUGUCUCGCUCGCCGAGCGCCUUGUUGACAAGUCAUUUUCCACUGCCGUGGGCUGGAACUACUUCAUCAUCUGGGCCGCGGUCCUCGCAAACGAAUACAACGUCAUCUGCAGCAUCCUGGUGUACUGGGCGCCCAAGGUCCCGCUCUGGGGCUUUUUCCUGAUUUUCUGGACUGUUUUCCUCGGUUUCCAGCUCUUGGGCAUUGAAGCUUUUGGUGAGGCUGAGUUUUGGCUGGCGCUCUUCAAGCUACUUGGCCUAACUGCCUACUUCAUCUUUUCCAUCGUCUAUGCUUCUGGCGGGCUCAUCGGCCAAGAUUCCGCAUUGGGGUUCCACUACUGGCACGAUCCAGGCGCAUUCAAUGGUAAUGGCUUCCGCGGUGUCGCCAAGGUCUUCAUCUUUUGCUCUACCUUUUACGCGGGUGUGGAGUCUGUGGCUGUCGCUGCUACCGAAACGAGAAACCCUGGCACUGCGGUGCCCCAGGCCAUCAGACAGGUAUUUUGGCGCAUCAUUUUCGUAUACAUGGGAUCUGCCUUCUUCUUUGGCAUUACCUGCCCUGCCAAUGCACCUGGACUGGUUGGUGGUGGCGCCAAGGCGCUGCAAAGUCCGAUGACCAUUGCCAUUCAAACCGCUGGAUGGCAAGGCGGCGUGCAUCUAAUCAAUGCCUUCAUCCUUAUCACCUGCAUCUCUGCAAUCAACUCGUCCAUCUACAUCGGCUCCCGAACCAUUCUCUACAUGGCACAGUCCGGCAAGGCCCCGCGAUUCCUCGGCAAAGUCAACAAGAUGGGCGUUCCCGUUUACGCAAUUGUUCUCACAAACGCAGUCGGCGCCAUUUCCAUGAUGAAUGUAUCCACUGGCGCCGCCAAGGCCUAUUCUUAUAUUGUCAAUCUCUCCGGCGUCAGCACAUUUCUGGUGUGGGGCAGCAUAAGUUUUAUGCACAUUCGUUUCCGCCGUGCCUGGACCGCGCAAAACAGAGACUUGGGGGAGCUUACAUUUAAGAGCAUGGGCUACCCAUUUGUCGCCUACUUUGGUCUUGCGGCCAACAUCUUCCUCGCCCUAGUCCAGGGCUGGACGACAUUUUCGCCAUUCUCCGCCGGCGACUUUGUCGAUGCAUACAUUCUUCUGCCGUUAUUUGGCGUCAUUUACGUUGUAGGCAGGCUUGUCUGGAGAGACGACAAGUUUAAGAGAAGCUGGGAAAUUGACCUCGACAGCGGCCGCAGAGUCGACAUGGACACGAAGGAUGCGACCAAGCACCACGAGGGCCCGAAGCCGUCUUUUUGGCGGAGAGUCUGGAAUUGGUUCUAG